AUGUAUCCACAAGGGAUUGUUCCCCUGGUUGAUGGGAUCUUGGCGAUGUCAAGGGCACUUGGUAACAUAGAGUUGAAGUAUGAGGGACAUAUCAGCUGUAGACCUAGUUGUGGUGGAGAUGAUACAAAGCGCGCUGAGUUUCUUCACUUUCUUGUGUUGAUCAUCUACGGCCACCACCACCCCCCCGCACACUCUCAGCUCCCGUCGCCUCUCUCCCGCCUCCCCCUUCCGCCGACGCUCGACCAUGUGCUGCCGAUCCCUGACGCCGCCGCCGCCGGGACCACAGUCCCGUGCCAGCUGGCCCGGGUUCGGAUCUCGGAUAUUUCCCCCUACGACGGGGCCCCGACCGGGCCGUAUGUGAGGGCGGUGGAGGCGCUGUCGGGGUCUCUGAUGAGGCACAACGCCGCCGUCAUCGAAUUGGGAGCCGACGACGCUGCGCUGUUGCGCUGCGGCGUGGAAGCUUCCAGAUUGUAUUUUCGGAGCAGAGCUCAGCUUGGCGCCGGCAAAGGAAGCCGUGGAGUUUACAUGUACAGGGCCGGAAGGGCUUUGGAAGAUUGGGACUCAUCACCGCCGUGUAUGGCUGAUGUUUUCAGGUGCAUGGGGAAGGUGGCGCGCGUGGCGUUGUCUGCAAUAGCAAGGCAUCUUCGUUUGCGCCGCGAUGUUUUUAGCCAUUUGCUUGAUGAUACUCCAUUGCCGGCUAAUGAAGUGUCCUCGUCAGUGCUUUUGGCAGCCUACACGAAUGCAUCCUUGCAGAAUGGGAAGGGUGCUAUUGGGGGAGGGAAGCCAGGAAUUAAUGGUGAAGUGGAGAAGGGAUUGUUGACAUUGAUUUCUUCGGACAGUCCUGGUAUACAGGUGUGUGACCCCAAUGGUCGUUGGUACUUGGCAGACAGUGGGUCUGCUCCUGGGGAUCUUUUACUACUUACAGGUAAGGCACUCAGCCAUGCUACCGCUGGCCUUCGCCCUGCUGCAUCCUAUAAAGCUGCUCCUGAUUAUUCCUCAGGCGUUAAUAGUGGUGGGAGGACAUCACUUGCAUUUAGGCUCAUGCCACAAGGUAAUGCUAUAUUAGAUUGUUCUCCCAUUGCAGCAGCUGGUCAUGUCAUUCCCCAGAGUUAUGUGCCAAUAUCUGUAAGCCAGUUUAUGGACGAUCUUUCUGCUGAGGAAGAUGUUUUGUGCAAUCAUUCUGAUAGUGCUUUUGUACCUCAAAUCAAUUUAAAUAAGGAUCCCUCAUUAAGAAGUGUUCUCUCAGAUCCCCUAUCUGGUGCAUUCCUUGAAGAUGCCAUGGUAGUUUCCUGCGGGCAUUCAUUUGGCGGUCUCAUGUUGAGAAGAGUCAUUGAAUCAUCAAGAUGUACCCUCUGCAAUGCAGAAAUUGAGACCAGGUCUUUGGUUCCUAAUCUUGCUCUUAGAGCUGCAGCUGCAGCAGUGAAGCUUGAGGAUGAUCGAAGGCUAUUUCAUAAUGCUACCAUCCGCAAGCGUCGGAAAGAGUUGGGUGACCAAAUGGAUCCAUCACGAAGACCAAAUAGGGAAAAUGGAGAUGUUGGUGAUGAUGGGAUUAAUCGUGGGGUGCAGUAUCCGUUUUCAGUGAAUGAAAAAGUAAUGAUUAAGGGGAACCGAAGGACUCCUGAAAAAUUUGUUGGCAAGGAGGCAGUCAUCACAUCCCAGUGUCUGAAUGGCUGGUACUUGCUUAAGAUUAUUGGAAGCGGAGAGAAUGUUCGGUUGCAAUACCGUUCGCUGAGGAAGAUCUAGAGCCAUUGAGGACAUUGCUCUUUCACAACCCAUUCAGAACAGCGACUGAGGAGAUUAUUAAAUUUGUUGUAUUACUUGAGCCUCGAAAUUUCAUAAAUAGAAGUGGUCACCACGUCUUGCUGAGAAAUUUUAACUAAAUAGUCUGUGUUGUAACUGAUUGUGUUUGAAUCUUAUUUAACCAGAAGAGAGGUAGUGUAUUAGGGUCCUAGAUUUUUUGUUAAUGACGUGCUUUGUAAAUGAAAAUUGUUUGGUAGUGCUGGGUUUUACGGAGAGCUGUAAUCCAUUGAUCAUAAACUACUUUUUUGAAGUCUAAUUACCAUAUUGAGCAAUUAUUGCUUUGUUUU